AUGAAGCCUUCACCACAACCACAACUCACUACAACUCAGACUCCCCUCAUACCGUAUCGCACUGAGCCACCGUCAAACAGGUUCUCGCACUCGUAUAGGGCAUGUAACCAGGACGUCAUUGAUUCGGCAAAAACGGUGCAGGUACAUCCCGACUCUGACGGUUUCUAUAACCAUGCAAUUUUUUCACAAUCGGAACCGAACCUGGAGGUGAAAAAUCGCGCUGGGGGUAGAUCGAGACGCGAAAUGGACCCCAACUUUUUGAUGCCUCCUGAACGCGUGUUUGGAAGACACGAACCAGAUUUGUACGUGUUGGGACACAGGGUGAAUCCAACACAUCAUUCAAAGACGCGUGAAGGGAGUGGUUCGACCAGGGGAGCGGCAACCCCGAAUUCACAAGCACAACACGACAAGCUGCUCCCUAUGAUCGCGAGCUCUAAUUCUCAAUCAACCAAAAGCAAGCACUCUACGUCCAAAGUAGCGAAUGCAUCAUCUAUUCCUUCUUCUGCAAAAUCUUCAACGACCCCAAACCAAGAGCCAUCGUCUUACAGCUCGUUGUCCGAGAAAAAUCAACCACGCGACCUCCGAUAUCUGUACGACUGGUCCAACCACCCCUCCGGUCCUCCUCCACCAAUCUAUGCUGAUCAUAUCACCGCUGUUCCAGUGGACAAGAUUCCAUACCGCACAGAACCUCCGAAUGCGAGAAUGUCGCGUUCAUUCUGGAGGGAAGAACGACGGAGGCUAGUUACGCUUACGAAGGAGACUUCGGACGAUAAGGAAAAUAUGAAAGACAGUAAAAGUGUACAGGUGCUUCCAAAGGCGCCUGGUAUUGGUGAGAUCAGGAGGAGGUCGGUACGUAUUGCAGAAGCCCCAGAGGUCACAGAAUCACCAAAGAAACACGGGGAGAAGGUGAAGAGCGUUGCCGGUCCUAAGAGGACCUCAUUGAAGGAGGUGGCACCGGUUAAAGUGCCUCGUGCCCCCACGACAUACAGUCCAUCUACAUCGUCCUCGAGAACGGCGGUCGAGCUCGAUGCUGAUCGGCAAACUGCCAAUAAUUCAGUGAAAACAUCCGUAACCACAGUCACGAUCGUAGUCCCAUCUUCAGGGAAGCCAAUAGCCAACACCGGUUCUGUGCCCGUGGCAGCCUCAACUGCAUCGAAGCCGGCCACUAAACCUGAUCUUGAUGCUGUCGUAGAGAGAGGUCGCACACUUCACCGCAGCCUUCGCAGAUCACGAAGCGCGCCUCUACGUUCACCAAGGAGCUCUUCUUCGUCGUCUGAAGACAGCGACUUGUACCGUGCGGAUGGAUCUCCAAUUCCACGCCGGCCCCGCGCGUUGUCCAGGCGCAAACCGCGUCCGCGUCCUCUUGACCUGCGUACAGCGUUCAAAGUCCAAGAGUUAAUCUCAGCGCAAGCACCGACUGGAGCUCGAUCCCAGGGUCACGGUCAGAAGGCUGCCUCUCUACCUGUCGCCCCAAAUCCCGCUCACAAUCCCGAUGCGAUUCCUGUGCCCACCGUCAUAGCCGUCGGUCCCCUCAGCGUGCAUUUCGCAGACGCCCCUGAGAUCAUAUCCUUCUAUACCUGCAGUAGCAGUGACGAAGAUGGAAUGGGAAACGUGUCUGACUCCGACACAUUGGAUGAUGCACACGAUGCAGGGAGUGUACAAGACGUGGAUGCAAUUAUGGCGCUGGGAUUGCCUGGCCGGACGAAGGACGGAGACACGCCGCAUCCUGCAAAAGAGCGGUUUUCACUUCAGAGUAUAGGGAGUAGUUGGUUUGAUAUGUCUUCGCUCAGAGAAAGUGGCAUGGGAGAAUUGCCUAGCACUCAGGCGGACCCUGGUUUUGCGUACGCAUCUGUUCAGCGUCCACCUUCGGCACUCUCUGCGACUGUUUCGACUGGGGGAGGCGAACCGAGGUAUACCGUCAUCAAGACUGGGCCUAAUGGCGAGGUGCCCAAAGGGUUCGAUAAACUGAACCUGCUCGUCAGACGAUGGUUGGAGAAAGAGAAAAGACAUUCGCAUUUCGUCUUUGCGAGGAGCUGCGAGAUGAAGUAUGAUGUUGCUGCGCGACAGAUAUACUACGAAACCACGUUCGACGACGUCCUCGAGGGUGGUAAGGGAGGAAUGAGGAAAGAGAAUUUCUAUCCUUUCAAAGGGGAGGUCGAGUGGAGGGUAUACCACUAA